AUUCAACCAAGAUGGCCAACGACGCUUCGGCGUCAGCCACUACCCACCAGCUCUCGAUCAGCGCGCGGACGCCGCUGACGGGUCUGCAGCAUGCCGCCAUCGGUUCUGCCUCUGGUAUCUUUGAAGUGUGCUGCCAGCAGCCUCUGCUGUACAUAAAAAACUGCAUCCAGCAAAACCAACCGAUCUCGUUGCGGCCGUCAGUGCUGUACCGCGGCGUAGGUGUCAUGUGUGUGUCCAUCGCGCCAGUGUCUGGCGUCCAGUUUGCCGUCAACGGUAUGCUUUCGUCGUACUUGCAACAACUUGGUGGCGACGUGGCGUCCAGCGACACGAGUCGCAUUGCGACAGCGUCGUUUGCCGGGAUUUGCUCCUCGCUGCUUAGUUCACCUGCCGAGUUGGUCAUGACAUUGCAACAGCGCACAGGACACUCGAUGGUGCGCACGACUCAAGAUGUCGUGCGGGCCUUUGGCGUCACGCGGCUCUACAAAGCGCUUCCCCUCACGAUGGCUCGUGAAAUUGUGUGGUGUGCCAGUUUUCUCGCACUUGGUCCCGUGUUUGGGCAGAAAUUGCACGUCCAUUUUCCAACAACGUUUGGGUCGUUGCAGGAUGCGUCCUUGUCCCAGCGCACUGCCGCAUCGUUGGCAGGCAGCGUGGCGGCUGGUCUUGUUGCAGUGUUUGCCACCCAACCUGUGGACACGGUGAAGACGAUUCUCCAAGGCAAGGCGCUGGAAUCCACCCCGUCGUACGCGCUCACGGAGGUCAAAUCUCUCUGGAGCCAAGGCGGCCUGCCCCAUUUAUACAAAGGCACAGUGCCGCGAGGUUUGCGCCUCAUUGGAGCCGUGUUUAUCUUGAGCGAAACGAAGAAGGUGCUAGAAGAUCAAAUGCACCGCUUUCGAGAAUCGAAUGUGGCGCUGCUUUAAGACGCUGAAAGACAACAGCGCCCUCGGUUAAAAAAAACGUGGCUCGAUUGUUCCUGUGCAAAUAGUUCAUUACUAGCAUGGAGCAUUUCAAAAUGCUGCGAAAUAUUAUCGAUUCAGUUUUC